CUGUGCGCGGUCGGCCCCGAGGAGGCGGGACUUCCGCAAAAAGCUUGAUUGGGCCUAUCCGGGUGGGCAACCCGGCGGAGGCGCACAAAGGGCUGGAACUGGCGAGGGAGGGGUCUGCGGACCUUCGGCGGCGGGGCUGGAAAUGCGGCGAAGGGCCUCGAGGUAGCCGGAGCGGUCUCAGGCGGAGCGAGCCGGCCUGCAGGUUCCCCCGUCAGGGCUAGGAGGAGCCCGCGAGUUACCUAGGGGUCUGUGGGGCUGCCCCGUGGCCGUUGAAGAUGCCGUACCUUGGCUCCGAGGACGUGGUGAAGGAGCUGAAGAAAGCUCUGUGUAACCCUCACGUUCAGGCGGAUAGGCUGCGCUACCGGAAUGUCAUCCAGCGAGUGAUUAGGCACAUGACUCAGGGCUUGGACAUGUCUGGUGUUUUCAUGGAAAUGGUGAAGGCCAGUGCCACCGUAGAUAUUGUUCAGAAGAAGUUGGUUUAUCUGUACAUGUGUACAUAUGCCCCCCUGAAACCAGAUCUGGCUCUCUUGGCCAUUAAUACGUUGUGCAAAGACUGUUCGGAUCCCAAUCCAAUGGUUCGAGGGCUGGCGUUACGGAGCAUGUGUAGCCUCAGGAUGCCUGGUGUGCAGGAAUAUAUCCAACAGCCUAUUCUCAAUGGUCUGCGAGAUAAAGCUUCAUACGUCAGAAGGGUGGCAGUCCUUGGUUGUGCCAAGAUGCAUAAUCUUCAUGGAGAUUCUGAAGUGGACGGUGCUCUGGUAAAUGAAUUAUACAGUUUGCUGCGUGACCAGGAUCCAAUUGUGGUUGUGAACUGCCUGAGGUCUCUAGAGGAAAUUCUGAAACAGGAAGGAGGUGUUGUCAUCAACAAGCCCAUCGCCCACCAUCUCUUAAAUCGAAUGCCAAAACUGGACCAAUGGGGCCAGGCUGAAGUAUUGAACUUUCUGCUACGCUAUCAACCGCGCAGUGAGGAGGAGCUGUUUGACAUUCUCAAUCUGUUAGAUAGCUUUCAGAGCAGUAGCCCCGGUGUGGUGAUGGGAGCCACGAAACUCUUUCUGAUCUUGGCAAAAAAAUUCCCCCAUGUACAAACUGAUGUGCUUGUGCAAGUCAAGGGCCCUUUGCUGGCUGCAUGUUCUUCAGAGAGCCGCGAGCUCUGUUUUGCUGCCCUGUGUCAUGUGCGUCAGAUCUUGCAUAGUUUGCCCGGUCACUUUAGCAGCCACUACAAAAAGUUUUUUUGCUCCUACUCGGAGCCCCACUACAUCAAGCUGCAGAAGGUGGAGGUGCUCUGCGAGCUGGUGAACGAUGAGAACGUACAGCAGGUGCUAGAGGAGCUCCGAGGGUACUGCACUGACGUGUCAGCCGACUUUGCCCAGGCUGCCAUCUUUGCCAUAGGUGGUAUUGCCCGGACCUACACAGAUCAGUGCGUGCAGAUUCUAACAGAGUUGCUGGGGCUUCGGCAAGAGCACAUUACCACAGUGGUGGUGCAAACUUUCCGAGCUGUUUGGUUGUGUCCUCAGUGUACGGAAGCUGUGUGUCAGGCCCUGCCCGGCUGUGAGGAGAACAUUCAAGACAGCGAGGGGAAACAGGCGCUUAUUUGGCUCCUUGGCGUCCAUGGGGAAAGAAGCCCCAAUGCUCCCUAUGUGUUGGAAGACUUUGUGGAGAAUGUGAAAUCAGAGACCUUUCCAGCUGUGAAGAUGGAGCUACUCACUGCACUGCUGCGCCUUUUCCUCUCCCGACCUGCCGAGUGCCAGGACAUGCUGGGGCGUCUGUUACAUUACUGCAUAGAGGAAGAAAAGGAUAUGGCAGUACGAGACCGGGGUCUCUUUUAUUAUCGACUUCUCUUAGCUGGCAUUGAUGAAGUGAAGCGGAUCCUGUGUAGCCCUAAAUCUGACCCUUCUCUCGGACUUUUGGAGGAUCAGGCAGAAAGACCUGUGAAUAGCUGGGCCUCAGACUUCAACACGCUGGUUCCAGUCUAUGGCAAAGCCCGCUGGGCAACCAUCUCUAAAUACCAGGGGGCGGAGCGCUGGGGCCCAGAGCUUCCUAACACUGCAUCCUUUGCCACUCCAGGUCCCCUGAUUCCUGAAGAGAGCAAGGAGACAGUACAGGAACUUCCUGAUUCUGAAGCCCUCAUGCUAGUCCCCAGUUGCCAGCUGACUGCUGAGUAUUUUGAGAAAACUUGGUUUAGCCUGAAAGUUGCUCAUCAGCAAGUGUUCCCUUGGCGGGGAGCCGUCCAUCCUGACACCCUCCAGAUGGCCCUGCAGGUAGUGAACAUCCAGACCAUCGCAAUGAGUAGGGCGGGGGCUCACCCGUGGAAAGCCUACCUCGGUGCCCAGGAUGACACUGGCUGCCUGUUCCUAACGGAACUGCUCUUGGAGCCCGAGAGCUCAGAAAUGCAGAUCUCUGUGAAACAAAAUGAGCCGAGGACUGAGACCCUGAACAGUUUUAUUUCUGUACUAGAAACUGUGCUUGGAACAAUUGGAGACAUAAAAUCAUAACAGAUUCUUGCUGCCUGUUCUAAGUGAGAUGAGUAGCUAUCAGAGUUCCUAGUUUUUCUUACUAGAAUUUGCUUGUAAGUCCAGAUACUAUCAAAUGCAAAGGAGAAUGGACAGUCUCAGAAUCAGGAUUCUUAUGUUUUUGUUCAAAGAGUAUUGACUUAUUCCUGUAAUACCUAUAGGUGAAUGACCCCAUUUUCCAGGUGAUGUUGAAAAGGUUAAUAUUGGAAAGGGGAUGGGGAGGGGGUGAGGAUAGGAAUUGGAAUCUUUUCUAAUCCGUUUUAGGGAUUGUUUUACUAAUUAAAGAUAAGAUGCCUGAUGUUUAUGGAAACUGAUGAAGUCAUCAUUUGUGGGGGUCAUCUUUUCUUCCCUGUAUUACUGCAGUAAAUUCCUCACUGGUCUCUUUCUAAUCAUGCUUUUCAAGGCCAGAGUCCAAAGUCCUUAGUGCGGCAUCAGAAGUAACUCUUCAGUGUCCUUCUCACCGCUCGCCUAAACACCCUGUUCUUGCAUAAGCAAACCGCUCGGCAUUCCUUGAAUGCAAAAGGCUCUCUCUCACCUCUGUACUUUGCUCCUGCUUUUAUUUCUUGGCUAGAACAUUUCCUCACCCUCGUAUCUUCUUUAGGUAACAUCUAGUCCUGUCACUCUUCCUUGCUUUCAAUUUUAUUCAUACCUGCCCAUAUUAUAUACAUUAACUGACGCAACUUAUGGCAAGAGCAGAUGUGAUAAAAUGAUUAAAUAUAUAUAGUAAAGUAUAAAUAACCAGAGGAUCCACAACAGGGAAAAUGGAAAUACCACCUCAGACCAGCUUGGUUGGGGAUGGGGAAGUACACAAAUGUUCAGGUUUAAGGGCCUACAUAAUUGGUACAGUUGAGCCUCAAAUUUAGCUAAGUGAUUUGGUAGUCAGGAUGAAGAGAAAUAGGUGUAUAGAUGUCAUCAGAGAGGAAGAAGCCUUCCAAUAUUAAUUUCUCAAAGAAAUUUACAGGUAGUUUCACAUAGGAGACACUGAGGGAUAAGUACGAGAUUCUUAGGGGAAGUUAGUAACAGAUUUCUCAUGACUUACGGUGUUCUUCAGUGAAAGCAGAGAGCAUAACUUUAACAUGAAGCUUAGGGAGGGGCAUUUCUUCAAGGACUUAACACGAUUCAAAUAUCAUCUAGCUUAAUUCAAGGACUUUGACCACAUAGAUAUGUAAAUGGACUGCAUACCUUUAAAAAUUUUUUUCAUCCAUCACUUCUCUCAACUAGGCUCUUAAUAGGAGUAGAUAACAGACAGCAUUGAAUUUUCUGGGAAGGGCCUGGAUUUUGUGAGUUGAUUUCCCCCUGGACAACUUCUAAGGACGGUGAUGUUCUUUCCUUCCAUCUCCACAGUCGGCCACAUAGUGAUGACUCACUAAUAUUUACCAAAUGAGUGGCUGUCAGUAAUUAGAUUCUGAUGGUGUUUUGGGGUUGAUGUUUGAAGUGUGUGUUUUGCUAUAUUGUAUCAACCAAACAACAGUGGAAGUCCACCUAGGCUAGGGUUUCUCAAAGUGGCAUUACUGACAUUUGGGGCCAGAUAAUUCUUUGUUGUGGAGGGUUUUCCUGUGCACUGUAGGAUGAUUAUUAGCAGCAUCUUUGGCCUAUACCCACUAGAUGCCAAUAGAACCCCCAGUCAUAAUAAAAAUGUCUCCAGACAUUGCCAAAAGUGCCUUGGCGGGACAAAAUCGCUCCUCAUUGAGAAUGAGCUAGAUCAUGGGUCCCCAGGGAUUACAUGUAGCAAGAUCAAAACAGCUUCAGAAUUGCUUUUCCAUAGUUUGACUUGUUCAGUUAAGCCAUGAGUGUUUAAUUAGGUGCUAAAAGAAAUAAAAUGGAAGUGUAAAAUGCUGCCAAUUUACAGUGUUAUAAGGGAACAGGAUAAAUAUGGUAAAGAUUAAGUAAACUGAUGGACUUUUUUUAAAAAAUUAAAGACUAUAAUUGAAAUGUUGACCUAAAGAAAAUUAGGUAUGCCUCGAUAAUUGAAUAAAUGUUACUAAAAUGAUCCUAGCUACUGGAGCUUUAAAAAGAUUAAGUCUUUUUAAAGUUGCUUGGUUGCUUCUCUGUAAUAUAUGGGGCAUAGCAGAAUACGAAACUGUUGCUUUUGAAAAAGUGUACUUUUAAAAUCUCAAGGAAGAAAUGAUUUCUCGUAACUAGCCUGAUUUUGCUCAUUUAUAAGCAAAAUGACUAAAGCUUAAGUAUACCAUGAAGUUAAUUAUAUUUCUUCUCCCUAAGAGGUCUCUCUAGCCUUGGCAGACAUAUGGUUUGAUGAUGUGAUAUAAGUAGAUGCAUAUUUUAAAAAUCCUUGAGUAUGGUUGAUAUUGUGCUUUUAGAAAAAUGGCUUGGUUGCUUCUCUGUAAUAUAUGGGGCAUAGCAGAAUACGAAACUGUUGCUUUUGAAAAAGUGUACUUUUAAAAUCUCAAGGAAGAAAUGAUUUCUCGUAACUAGCCUGAUUUUGCUCAUUU